AAAAGGGCCAGAGGGUAUGGGUUAGAGUGAAUGCAAUCUUGUACGUCUGUGAGGGCUGAAGGAUUCACAACAUUCUCUGGCUAUCUCCUUUGGAAAACUCCAGCAUCCGUAAACAGUAUCAACGUGGCCUUUCAUACUUAUUUGUCAAGGAAUAUCAACGACCUUGGUAAAUGGAAUACUAUUCCAUUUGACCAAAUGCUUAUAAACGAACACCAGGGUUACGAUAAUAUUACCCAACACGCAUUUACAUGUCCUGUUAAUGGAGUCUACAUGUUCCAGUCUUCUAUAAUGUCCAGCUUUGGUGUUAUCGAGGCCGAGAUAGUGAAGGACGCUGUCCCAUUCGUACGUGUAUACGCAUCUGCCAACGGACUGUCCAAUGACCAACAUGACCAAGGCUUUAAUGCUGGUAUUGUACGUUGCAACAAGAAUCAGAAGGUCUGGGUGCGAGUUAGUCAAGGAACAUCUAUCUUGCAGUACCUUUUUUCAACGUUUUCUGGUUACCUGAUGUGGGAAUUAGAAGAAGCUUCCACUAUAGCAGGAAUUACCGGACGAGAAAUCAAUGUCAACAAUACUCACGUUGCAUUCAAUUCCUAUCUUUCAAAUGGUGCGACUGGUCUCGGAAAAGAACAAGCUAUCCCGUUUGAUAUGACUCCUUUAAAUGAAGGAAACAGAUUUGACAAUGGUUUUUACACAUUUCUUUGUCCUGUAAAUGGAAUUUAUGUUUUUCAGUCAGCUGUGAUGGUCAACGUAAGUCACGUGGAAACUGAAAUUGUUAAGGAUAGAAUACCAAUUGCCCGUAUGUAUGCUGGAGUUAAUAAUCAGGGUGGCAUUAGUCACUUCGAUCAAGGGUUUAAUUCAGGUAUCGUAAAUUGCAACCAUAACGAAAGGGUGUGGGUUAGGACUGGCAAUCAGUCAAGUUCAACCGUAGAUCAUCGUAAAACGACAACCUUUUCUGGGUUUCUUCUUAAGAAAUUCUAGGACAAAAGUGAAAUGAAAUCUAAAAUAGAACUGGUUUUUUUUCUGCAUAUGAAACUUCUCGAUAUUUUGCCUCUUGUUUGGAAUAAAUAAAACGAUUCCGUUGACGUUUA